AUGGCAAGGCCUCGGGUAUCCUUGACCUUCAAGGAUGUGGCUGUGGACUUCACCCUGGAGGAGUGGGGCCAGCUGGGGCCUGGCCAGAGGGAGUUGUACCGGGAUGUGAUGCUAGAGAACUACCAGAACCUUCUCUCACUGGGGGUGGGGCCUCUUGGGUCUAAACCUGAUGUGAUCUCCCGUCUGGAGCGAGGGGAGGAGCCCAGAAUGGAGAAGAAGGAAGUCCGGCAAGCUACCUGUCCAGGUGGGAAGCAAAGAGGGCCUGUGGGAGAGAGAACUCGGAAGAGGAAUGGGCCAAGAAAGAGCCUGAAACGCCAAAGAAUGUUUGUAGAAAAGAAGCCACUUAACUGUGCAGAGUGCGGGAAAGCCUUCAUUUACCAUUCAGACUAUAUUCUACACCAGAGGAUUCACACUGGAGAGAAACCCUACAAGUGUAAUGAUUGCGGGAAGGCAUUCAGCAACAGCUCAUAUUUCAUUCAGCACCACAUCAUUCACACGGGAGAGAAGCCCUAUGUGUGCAGCGAGUGUGGCAAGACCUUUACUCAGAGCUCAUCACUUACUGAGCAUCAGAGGAUCCACACUGGAGAGAAGCCAUACAAAUGCAAAGAAUGUGGGAAGGCCUUCACCCAGAGCUCCUCCCUCAUUAAACACCAGCGGUGCCAUACUGGGGAGAAACCCUAUAAAUGCAACCAGUGCGGGAAGUUCUACUCACAAGUGUCCCACCUCACCCGCCACCAGAAAAUCCACACGGGGGAGAAGCCCUACAAAUGUGGUGAGUGUGGCAAGGCCUUCUGUCACACUUCCUCCUUGACUCAGCACCAGACAAUCCACACCGGAGAGAAACCCUACAAAUGUAACGAGUGUGGGAAAACCUUCAGCCAUAGCUCGUCCCUGUCCCAGCACCAGCGAGUUCACACUGGAGAGAAACCCUAUGAGUGCUCUGAGUGUGGCAAAGCCUUCAGCCACAGUUCAUCCCUGACUCAGCAUCAGAGAAUUCACACUGGUGAGAAGCCCUAUGAGUGUAACGAGUGUGGGAAGGCUUAUACUCAGAUUUCCCACCUUAUGAGGCACCAGAGUACAAUUCACACUGGUGAGAAGCCCUACAAAUGUAACGAAUGUGGGAAAACCUUCAGCCAGAACUCUUCGCUUACCCGGCACCAGAGGAUUCACACUGGGGAGAAGCCCUAUGAGUGUAAAGUUUGUGGGAAGGCCUAUACCCAGAUUUCCCACCUCAUCCAACACCAGAGGAUUCAUACUGGAGAGAAACCUUAUGAGUGCCGUGAGUGUGGGAAAGCCUUCAGCCGGAGCACCCACCUUAUCGAGCAUCAGAAAAUCCACACAGGCGAGAAACCCUAUAAGUGCAAAGAGUGUGGGAAAACAUUCAGUCACAACUCCUCCCUUACCCAACAUCAGAGAAUUCACACUGGCGAGAAACCCUACGCCUGUAAGGAAUGCGGGAAAGCUUUCAACCAGAGCAUCCACCUUAUUCAGCAUCAGAGGAUCCAUACAGGCGAGAAGCCCUAUAAAUGUAACAACUGUGGAAAAACCUAUACCCAGAUUUCACACCUUAUUCAACACCAAAAGGUACACACGGGUGGCAAACGCUAUGUGUGUAAAGAAUGUGGGGAGGAUUUCAGCUGGAGUUCACACCUGACUGAACACCGGAGACUUCACACUGUGCAUGACACCUGCGUCUGCAAUGAUUUUGAGAAAGGCUUUGCGUGGAGCACACAGCUUGCUGAUAUUCAGAGAACUCCUGCUGACCAGAAAGCCUGA